GGUCUAUAGGGGGCUAACAAUCUCGAUUGUACAGUGCAGCAAGUGUUGCUAGCGUGAAGCUAACGCUAGCAAACACAACAUAACCCCCCCACUAAAUUCGGGACUUGGUCACUGGGUUGUUCCGCUGGCUACUCAUCAGCUGGCUAAAACAGGGCAACCAUGCAGAAAUAUGAAAAACUCGAAAAAAUCGGCGAGGGCACAUACGGGACCGUAUUCAAGGCUAAAAACAGAGAAACCCACGAAAUAGUGGCCCUGAAACGAGUCCGUUUGGACGACGACGACGAGGGCGUGCCAAGCUCUGCCCUGAGAGAAAUCUGCCUGCUGAAGGAGCUCAAGCAUAAAAACAUAGUCAGGCUACACGACGUGUUGCACAGUGACAAAAAGCUAACGUUGGUCUUUGAAUAUUGUGACCAGGAUUUGAAGAAGUACUUUGACAGCUGCAAUGGAGAUUUAGACCCUGAAACAGUGAAGUCGUUCAUGUUCCAGCUGUUGAAAGGACUUGCUUUCUGUCACAGUCGCAAUGUUCUUCACAGAGAUCUAAAGCCACAGAAUCUCCUCAUCAACAGAAAUGGCGAGUUAAAGCUGGCUGACUUUGGGCUUGCUCGAGCGUUCGGCAUUCCCGUGAGGUGUUACUCAGCUGAGGUAGUGACGUUGUGGUACCGACCCCCAGACGUACUGUUUGGUGCUAAACUUUACUCUACCUCCAUCGACAUGUGGUCUGCUGGUUGCAUAUUUGCAGAGCUCGCUAAUGCCGGAAGGCCUUUAUUUCCUGGGAACGACGUGGACGACCAGUUGAAAAGAAUCUUCAGGUUGUUAGGAACGCCCACGGAAGAACAGUGGCAGACGAUGACCAAGCUACCAGAUUACAAGCCAUAUCCUUUGUAUCCAGCCACCACCUCACUGGUCAACGUGGUGCCCAAACUCAGUAGCACAGGUCGAGACCUACUCCAGAACCUUUUGAAGUGUAACCCGGUCCAGAGGAUCUCCGCAGAAGAAGCUUUGCAGCAUCCUUACUUCACCGACUUCUGCCCACCCUAAAUCCUUCUCCACCUCCCUGCUCAUCGUCAGCCGCCAAUCAAUCCAGUCCUCCCGUCACGCUAGCAGGUCAUUAGAGGCAGCUCCACGCAGGCCACUUCCCAUGGAAACCACUUGUGCAAAGCUGCUUUUUUCUACCACACAGUACCUACCGGACUUCACUCUUUCUCCUGGUAGAGAACGACAGCGCUGCAAACAACUUGGGUAGACUACAUAUAUAUAUAUUUUUUUUACAUCCAGUUUCUCUUCUAAAAGAAAUAAUGCUAAACCACAUAUGGCACGUCACUUAUCGUAAAACCUGCGUCAUCUAACUCAUCUUAACAGUGUCUCCGUGACAACUUAGGGCAGAGAACUCUGCUGCACCACAGCAGCGGCGAAAGGACAGGGAGAGGUGGCAAAGUCAACGCGGCCAUUGUCUAUUCUUCCUUAUUUUUACUGUUAUUUCCUCAAAGUGGCCAGGAGCUUUUAUUUACUUAACUGCAGAGAGCACCAGCCACCUAUUAUGAGUAUCGGAGGGCGCCUAUAUACAGCUACGGAAAAAAUUGAAGACACCACUGAUUCAAAUCCUCAUCCUCAGUUUCACUGAUUUUUCUCUUUAGUGGUAUAUGUUAAAGUAAAAUGAAUAUUAUUGUCUUAUUCAAUCUAUAUAUAUAUAUAUAUAUAUAUAUAUAUAUAUAUAUAUUUAAUUUGGGGAAAUACUUCACCUGAGUCCAAAAAGCAGUAUCACAAAAUGAGUCAAGUGGGUACCUUGUUGUGUAAAAAUGCAGCUUUACACAUUGCACACCGGUUGCAUUUGUCUUAGCAGUUCCAAGUAUAUUCUGUACAGGACCCAAUUUAAAAAAAAAAAAAAAAAAAAAAAAACUAACCCUACGUUUGGUAUUGUACACACAUGGAGCAACACGGCACCGCUCCUUAUUCUUUUCGUUGUGCUCUAAAUAUCUGCUUUAUAAAAGUUUCAUGAGUGCUGAGUUGUGCCCUUCGGUGUGUGCUGACGAAAUGGAGUGAAGAAAGAUCUGUUUAUGUAAUGUAACGUGGUCCCUCUGGAGGCAUGUUGGCAACAAUCCUCCAUUAUUGACAUGAGCCGGCUAACACUGCAGAUUUAAUGCGAUAUACAUUCGGAGUUGUUCCCAACGUGUGGGCCACUAAUGACUGAUCAAUGCUUUUAGAAGUAAUAAAUACUGUUGGACUGCUAGCGUCACUUUUUCUGGGCAGCUACUGCAGUCACGUGCCACUCCCAACUUAAUCAAAAACAUUUAGAAUUUGACACAAAAAAAAACACUACAAGCAAGUAUGAAAGCUAUAUUUUAUUGCUCUUGAGCAAUAAAAGCAAAAAAAAAACGUGCUCCUGUCUGGCCACCAGUUUCACGAUUGUAUGACAAUAAUAAUAGCAUGAAAAGCUAAUUUAUGAUUUUGUAUAUGUCCCACCUUUUAUAUUUGUCUUUGCACACUUGUUUUUUUUGGGGUUUUUAAACAAAGCAACAUUGUUCAACAUUUUUGUUGAUAGAGUUUUGAACACUGAGAUUAUUGCAGCUGGUUUUCAAUAAAUGGGCCAACACAAUUCUAAUAGUGUCACAGUGGACCAUAAAUAUUGAUACAUUGUUUUGAUAUAUACAUACACAUACACACACAUCUUUUAGUGGUAAUGGCGGGUGGGUAAGUCCUCUGGGGGCUUUACCAAAUUGAUUAAACGUAAUGUGACAUUUGAACAAAUGUUUAUUAUUACUGAAACUAUAAGUCUUAGUGGGUUCUGUUUUUAUUUGGGCUUUUUAUAACAGUUCCACCACUGAGGUUUUAUUUGAUUUAAAAUUGCAUGUCGGGCCGGAUCAAAUGCUCCAGCGGGCCCCCACAAGGCCCAUGAGCCGUACUUUACCCACCUCUGCUCUCUGACACGCUUUAAACAGAAAUUGGACAAGUGUCAUGUGAUUUCUUGCACCGGUAGCCUUUUUGUUUCUUUUCUAAACACGCUUCUUCAACCACACUCUGAUUAUAUCGUUCGUUGUGAUCGUUACGGCGAAAGCCUUCAAAGCUAAGUUGUAUUCAGAGCAGCUAUGGGUUCUUUUUGUUAGCUAGUGAUGCAGAAAUAUGGUUGCAUGUAUUUAUUAAUGCUGGAAUGUGAAGCUUGGUUUCUAACGUUGGAUUGAUUUCAUACUACUGUGCUCUGUAGCAUUCAGCCGCAGGCUCUGUGUACAAUUGAACGUGUGGAAGUGGAUUAAGUUAUGAAAAGUCUGCAAUUGUUUUCUGUGAAGUUUCAGCUGUACAAUUCUUUGAUAGCUUUUGGUUUUUCCAUUUCAAAAUGAAGAGUGGAUUUUCUGCACUUUUUUUUUUUCUAAUUUACUUUUCUUGGUAGAAGCCAAUAAGAUUUGAGUGUUCAGUAAAGUGGACGUUAAUACGC